AUGUUGACACCUACCAGUUUCGUUGAUUUAAGUUUGCAACGAACCAAACAGAGCAGGGAUUUGAAUGCUUUCGUGUGUGUAACUGAAGAUGCCGCUGAAACCCACAGUAUCGAGAGUGAAAAGAGGUUUUACAUCUCUAAACAUCCCAAGGUAUUAGACGGCGUUCCUAUCGGAAUGAAGGAUAAUUUCUGUACCAGCAACAUACCUACGACAUGUGCCUCGGAAAUGCUGAAGAACUUCGUGCCGAGUUAUGAUGCGACAGUGUACUCCAGACUAAGGCGUGCGGGUGCUUGUCUGAUCGGCAAAUGUAACCUCGACGAGUUCGCGAUGGGCUCAGGAACAGUAGAUUCCAUAUUUGGUCCGACUCGUAACCCUUGGCAGUAUGACAAGAAGAAGUGGAGAAUUUCAGGUGGCAGUUCUGGAGGCUGUGCAGUUGCUGUGGCUUCAGGAUCUUGUCUAGCUGCUAUUGGUUCUGAUACUGGUGGAUCCACUAGAAAUCCAGCGGCAUUAUGUGGUGUUGUCGGAUUGAAACCCACUUAUGGGCUUGUAUCUAGGCAUGGCUUAAUACCAUUAGUAAAUUCAAUGGAUGUGCCUGGUAUAAUGGCACGGACUGUUGAAGAUGUUACCACAAUAUUGAAUGUGGUUGCUGGACCAGAUGUAAAUGACUCUACAACUAUUAAAAAGCCAUUUGAGCCAAUAACAUUGAAAGAUAUUGACUUAUCAAAAGUAAGGAUAGGGAUACCUAAAGAAUAUCACUGUGAAGGUAUGAGUAGAGAAGUAAUAGACACAUGGGGUCAUGUGGCAGAUUUACUGGAACGUGAAAAAGCUCAAUUAGAAGUAGUUUCAUUGCCCUACACUUCAGCCUCCAUAGCAGUUUACUCAAUUUUGAACCAGUGCGAGGUUGCUAGUAAUAUGUCUAGGUACGAUGGGAUAGAAUAUGGUCUUAGAGCCAAUGUAAACAGUUCUACAGAGGAGCUUUAUGCAUUAACCAGACAUCAAGGCUUCAACAAAGUUGUCCGAUCAAGAAUAUUAGCUGGCAACUACUUUUUACUUACAAGGAACUAUGUGAAAUACUUUAUAAAAACUCUUAAACUAAGGAGGUUAAUAAGAGAUGACUUUAAUAAAGUUUUUAGUCCAGAGGAUGGAGUGGAUUUGCUCUUGACUCCUACAACUCUAUCUGAUGCUCCGUUUUAUGAUGAAUUUGCUGCUAAGCACAACAGAGAUCAGUGUGCGUUCCAGGACUAUUGUACCCAGCCAGCUAACAUGGCUGCGGCCCUAACAUCAGAGAUCCUAUCAAAACUCAACAUAUCCAUUGAUGGCUUACCUCAGAAAUGUCAACAACUGCUUCGGCAAGCAGCAGAAGCACAACAAGCAAUGGACAUAAACCAACUCGAUCCCAUCGCCAUCUCCCUACACCAAACUAAAGAAAUAUCGCAAAAACUAGAAGACGAAUACGAAAUAUUGAAACUAAAACAGAAGAACAAUGAACUGCAAGCGAAAAUAGACCGUAAUAACAAAUUUUUGGAGGGUUUGAGAAAAGAAUUGGAGGAUUCUAGGAAUUCUUUGUCCAAUCAGAAUCCGAACCCGGAAAACAUUCAAGAUCAAAUCAGACAGCUGAAGCAAAAGGUCGCAUCUUAUGAGGAAAGCUGUGAGAAAGCUAAGUCAAAAUUCGCAAAGCUGUCAGUACCGGACGCCAUUUUGCCGACGUCAUUAACAGCUUUAGUGACGUCACUAGUGACAUUAAGAGAAGAGGCUGCAUCCUUGAAGCUCAGAGCUGAUGAUGUGGCUUUGGCCAGAGAAGCAAGAGACACAUUCAUAAGAUUACGGAGAUAA